GUGACGAGACCGUGAACGUAGUAGAAACUGGCGCUAAACUUCAGCAAAGUAGGCUAAUUGACAUUUCACUCGACCUUUUUACUUUAUCUCUAAAUGUUGCACUCUCAACAUUUGCCUGAAGCACACACACCUUAUAUUCCCCAUUGCCUUUAAGUUUGUUUUUGGUGUGGUUCCGUUUAAAAUAGUUUGGAAGUUAUGCUCAUCCAAUCACCUGCUUCCAGGGAGGGUGGGAGUGUGGUCACAGAAAGAGCAGGAGAUAAGGAGAUACCAUACCAGUGUCACUAGCAUCGAACGUAAAGAUGAGCGAACAUCAGCGGUCACCCCCCGAGCGAUUGAAGGCCUUGGAAGACUGGCUUCAAAAGACCAAAACAACAUUAACUCAAGUGAAUGGUCAGAGGAAAUAUGGCGGGCCACCACCGGACUGGACCGGUCCUGCUCCUGGUGCCGGGUGUGAGAUCUUUCUGUGCCAGCUCCCGCGCGAGGUCUAUGAGGACACCCUGAUCCCGCUGUGCCAGUCGGCCGGCCCCCUCUAUGAGUUUCGCCUCAUGAUGAACUUCAGCGGCCAGAACCGCGGCUUCGCCUACGCCAAGUACGCCACGCCGGGUGCGGCGCGCUCCGCCAUCCGCAUCCUGCACCGCUGCACCCUGCCCUGCGGCACCUCGCUGGUGGUCCGCCUCAGCACGGAGAAGCACCAGCUGGUUCUGGAGGGCCUCCCGGGGGGCCUGGAGCGGCUGGCGCUGAUGAAGGUGCUGGAGGAGUUGGGUGAGGGCCUGGUGGGGCUCAAGCUGAAGACCGCCCUGGUCGGGCCCCAGAGGGACAGACAGACCACGGCACUGGCCACCUACUCCAGCCACCACGCCGCCUCGAUGGUCAAGAAGGUGGUGGUGCAAGCCUUCAAGAAGCAGUUUGGCGUUACCUUGGCAGUGAGCUGGACGUCCUCCACCGCUCUGCCGACCAGUCCUGACCGGUAUGACAAGCGAGGCACAUCGCCACUGCGGCGGGGUGGCAAAUCUCCCCCUAAACCACCGCGCAUGUCACCCCCCAGCCUGUCCAUGCCACCUUCCCAGAUGACCCUCCCCAACAGCCCCCCCGGCCUGCCCCCCUCGCCCCAAAGCUUCCUCCCACCGCCCGUCCCCCUCCUCCAGGGCUUUUCCCCAACGGUGGGCGUCAGGCCCGAUUUGGGGGGUCCCAUGGGGGUCUUGCAGGAGCACAGCCCUGUGGAGGCGCAGGGGGGAGGCAACCCCGUCUUCUUCCUGCGCUGGCUGUGUGAGUCCAUGGGUCUCGGGGCGCCCCACUACGAGCUGCUGCAGCAGUACACUUGUGCCGAGGGCUACCAGCACUUCCUGUGGAAAGUGGCCAUCCCAGGGCUGGCCGUGCCGGCCUUCCCCGUGGUGGCCCACGUCCAGCCGGACCCCGAGGCGGGGGUCGGUGGCCUGAUGAGGCAGGCCCAGUGUGUCGCCGCCAUGGAGCUCCUGCAGAACCUCCUUAACCCUCCCCAGGUCUGACCGCCCGGGGAGGGGUUCUAGUCUCGCUCACACACACAAUCACGCAUGGUUGUUCAUCAAGUUCGUUAAUAUUUUAUUAUUUUUAAUGGUGUUUUUACUCUUGUUUAUUUUUUAUGUAAUGUUUUAACUAUGUUUUAAUUGUGUUUUAACUGUGCACUUUAUUAUAUUUGUGUUUGUUUUUCACUUGGUGGUUUUCUUUCUACACGUUUUUCACUUUUUUGGUGUGGGUUUGUAAAUAGUGUUUAUAGUGUGCUGUGUUUUGAAUUUGAUUUAAAAAAGAAAAGAAUACAAGUCAUGUAUUGUAAUUACCUCAUUUAUGUUCAAGACUAUUAAAAGUCUGAAACAUUUCUACAGGAAAAUUGUGCUAUUCUUCUGAAUUUGCAUAUCCAUAUGCAGGGCUUUCUUUGUUCCCAUUACAAUACAGACAUUACGGGAAAGUUAGGGUUAUCGUUUCAUUCAUAGCCAUAGUGAAGUGUGUUUGGAGUAAGGGUUGAAAACUCCCAUGUUGUUUCAUGGCAAAAGAUGUAACUCUUCUCUUACUUCCUACUAGUAAAGGUUAUACAGACCUCUGAUUAGCCAAGACGGAGCUCACACCUACUAGGUCAGUGGCUGAUGAGUUAAGUCCUCUUUUAACACCUUUUAAGUAGCCAAACCCAAUAUAAGACUCCUGAAUGAUAAAGCCUAUUUGGUGUUUAGGUGAGCAUUGUAUUUCAGAUAGCUUAUUGCAGCUGUGCUCAUGUACAAGUCAUUGGUCAUUGAUAACGUGGUUAGAAUUCUCCUAGCUUACAAGGGGACACACAGCAAGGCCAGAUAAAACUCCAAGACUGUACAAUCCUGAUGUUGUACCUAGAAA